AUUUUGGUAACGGCAGGAGUUUCUCUUCCGGAGUCAGGAGUCACCGUCCGGGCUAAAGAUGGCGGCACCGGACGAGUUGUUUUGCUGGGAAGGAGACUGGGGCUUACCGUCCGUCAGCACCGACUGUCUCGUGGUCCUGGCCUACGCUCAGUUCGCCGGAGCUCCUCUCAAACUUCGGAAGACGUCCAACCCCUGGAGGAGUCCCGGCGGUUCACUUCCUGCUCUGAGGACCAACCAGAAAGAAGCUCUGUGCAGACCCUCUGACAUCAUCAUCCACCUCAGAAAACAGAAAUACAAUGCAGACUAUGAUCUCUCAGCCAAGGAAGGAGCUGACAGCCUGGCCUUCAUCUCUCUGAUGGAGGAGAAACUCACGCCUGCUCUGAUCUACACGUUCUGGAUCGAACCGAAGAACUACGUAGACGUGACUCGCCGCUGGUACGCCGAGCACAUGCCGUUCCCUCUGAACUUCUUCCUGCCUGGACGAAUGCAGCGCCAGCAUCUGGAAAAACUGCGACUGCUGCGAGGAGACGAGAGCCUGGAGGCCGGAGAGGAGCUGGAGAAGGAGCUGUAUCGUGAUGCUGCAGAGUGUAUGAACCUGCUGUCCCAGCGACUCGGCUCACACAAGUUCUUCUUCGGAGACUCGCCUUCGUCUCUGGACGCCUACGUGUUUGGUCACCUGGCGCCCAUCCUGAAGUCCAGACUGCCCAACGGGAAGCUGCAGCAGCAUCUGAAGUCUCUCGACAACCUGACCGGCUUCUGCACCAACAUCCUCCUGCUCUACUUCCCCAGAGAUGGCCGAGAGAGCUCCAGUCAGAAGACGUCCUCUCAGCCCGAGGCCGGAGACUUCGACAACGUCCCCAACAAGCGGAGGAAGCAGUUCCUGUCGGCUCUGGUGGCCCUGGGCGCCAUGCUGAGCUACGCCCUCCUGACCGGCAUGGUGUCCAUUCAGCACGUCCAGCAGGAGGCGCUGGAGGAGCCGCCAGACCUGCAGACCAUCGGAUCCCACGAUCACGAGGAGGAAGGAGACGGCUGAGGACAACAGACAGAGGUCAUCAUGGGACUUUAUGGAUGGAAGUAAAAGUGUUCAGGAUAAGAUCCAGAUGUUCUUCCAUCCAGGAGGUGGAUGUGCUGAUGGUGGAUGUGCUGAUGGUGGAUGUGCUGAUGGUGGAUGUACAGUAUCUCACUCCAGUCCUUCUCUGUAUGUUCUUUAAAGCAGAAACAGCUUUGGUUCGUUUGUGUUUAACCUUUGUUCCGUUUUUUAAACACACUCAGCUUUUAAAGAGAAACAUGGAUCAGCUUUAAAAAUCAACCAAUCAGCUUGUUUCUCAGUUCACUGUUCACCUGACAGGUAACCUGUAACUGUUUCUGCCUCCAACAGAAUUAUAUGAGAAUAAUGAAGAAUAAACGUAAAGAUGAAGAACCAGACUUUUCAU